AUGGGAGACACCCUAGGCGCUAUAGUCGAGUACUUAGAACGGAAUAAGUUCCUCUCAGCGGCAGCAGCCCUACGCUCCGAAAUCUCCAACAAGAAGCAGCCGAGACCCAACACUCUUGCCUCUAGCCACUCGCUCCCGCCGCUCUCUCCGUCCUUCUCCCCCUACCCAGGCUCCCCUUCCCUCCCACCUCCCGAUGCCUCCGAUAAUGACGUCAACAUGUUCCUCUGGAUGAAGCACGAACAGAUGUUCUCCAACUCAGCCUCGACACCAGGUUCGGGAUCAGGUUCGGGCUCAGGCUCGGCAGGCGGAGGCAUAUUCGGUGCGGCAUUCUCCGGUUCGGGGCUCUCGGGGGCGGCGGAUGGCGCAGGCGGAGAUGCGGGCGGGAGCGGGACUGGCGGCGGGUUCUCGGGUUUCCACCCGAUCGCGCGAGGCAACAGCGCUCCGCCACAGUUUCUUCAAAACGCCAUGCUCAAAUGGUCUCCGCCCAGCUCUCCCCCCGCCGGAGGUAUGUUCGACCCCGCGCCAGCGGCGGAGGCCUCUAAGCCGCCGCGCGCGGGGGGAAGCGAGCACCCGUUCUCCCCGUCCUUCUUCCCUACGUCCCCCUCGCUGCCCUCCCCCGCGUCUCUCGACGUAGUUCCCGAGGAGGACGUAUUUUUGGGAGCCGAGGAUGCGGAUUCUGCGCCGGCGAAAUCGGAGGCGGCGGAGGCGGGAAAGGCGGGCGGAGGAACGAGAGAUGGUAAGAAUAGCGGAGAGGGUAAUAACGAGGGUAAUGCGAGCAGUGCGGCGGCUUCUGCGACUGCGGUUAUUCCGCUGCUUGACGAUGGUGAUGCUGUGUUCUUCGGCUCGCCGGCAAAGCAGCCGCCAGUCCCUCUAUUCGGCGAAGUGACUACAACGGACCCUUUUCGCGGGUCUUUAGAGGCAGCUGCGGCAGCCGCGGCCGCCGCAGCAGCCGCCGCAACAGGCGGCGGGAAAGGCGCAUUAGGUGUCUUGGACGCAGAAAUGCCGCCUAAGAUAGGGUCGACCCUGCGCAGCAAUAGCUCCCGCCCGUAUGACGUCAACAGCAGCGGCGGAAACGAGACUCCGCCCAGCGGAAUGGCGAAGAGCAGCAGCGCGGGCGGAACCCCCGCGGGGGACACGGAAGGGGGAGGGUUCGGGGAAGAGCUGGACUUUUCCAGCGGGCUUGGCGGGGUCGGGGGGAGCGGGGGGGACGGGGGGAGCGGAGGGGAGAAUGCAAGCGCAGGCGGAGACGCUUCCCCCGGGCUGUUUGACCAGGCGUUUGCGAACUCGAGCAAUAACAGCACACCGCGCGGGUCAGUAGAUAUGACUGGUAGCGGGGAAGUGUUUUCUGUUGGCGAUGGAGGGGGAGGAAGAGACACGUUAGGACCCCGCCAUGGGAGUACGGGCCACGGUGCAUCACCAUCAACGGGGGGAGUGGGCGGAGUGGGGGGAGGCGCAGGGGCAGGGGGAGCAGCGGCGGGAGGGGCGGGGGACGCGGCGUCGGUGCUGGCGGGGUGGGGGUUACUGUCAGCAGGGGGUAGCGGGUCUUUCGGCGCGACUGGCGCUUUAAAGAGCCCUAACUCGUUUGGAGGGACCUCGCACGCCGCUAACCCUGCUGAUGCUGCCAAGCCUCUCGUUCGGGCUUCCUCCGUGCCUACCAUCACGUUCGGGCCGGUUGUUGUAGGCUCGGAGGUUGUUCCAAGCCUGAAUUCCGUGCCGCUGGGGACGCGCAAGCCUCGUCCGCCAAUCAGCCACGCGUCCCUGCCGUCUAACCAGCAGCAGCCGCCGUUGCCGAGCCUGCAGCGCUCGCCCGGUAGCGGAAGCUCGGGCGGAGGUUCGGAGAAGAGGUUCGGCAUGGGGAGGCACGGGAUGAGCGGACUGAGCAGGGGAAGCCCCCCCGCGAAAGCAGGAAGGGAGGCGGGAAAAGAAGGAGUGUAUGUUGUGGGCGGGUACUUGCUAUCGUCUCUUUUAAUGAUUAAAGGAGCGGAUGAUAACGAGGAUAUGUAUGACGAUGAGGAGGACUUAGGGUAUGUGAGACGGGCAGUGGGGAACGAGGAGCAGUUUAUGUUGAUAGAGGCGGAUCCGGGGGAUGAUCUGGAGGACGCGGAGGAGGGGGAGGGCGCGACGGGCGGAAAGGGGGAAGGUGAGGGGAAAGCUGGCGGGGGAAAGGGGGAGCAGGGUAGCGGGAGUGGGGACUUGGAAGGGAAGGGGAGCAAGGGGAAGGAAGCAGGGAAGGGUGGGAAAGAGGGGAAGCGGGAUUCGGAAGGGGGGGAUGAGGAGAUGUAUUUUUCGGGGGAGGACUCGUAUCAAGAAGCGGAGGGGGGGGAGGAAGGGGCGGGGGGCGACGGGGGAAGCGAAGCCGAAGAGGCUGCGGGGGGGAAAGGGCACCGAUCGGUUCCGAGCUUUGGGGUGGUGGAUGCGUGGGAUGGGAUUGGCACAUUCGCUAAAGUCACAGCCAUGGACUGGGAUCCCCCCGCUGCUGCUGCUGCUGCUGCUGGUGGUGGUGGUGGUGGUGCUGCUGCUGGCACUGGGGGUGCUGGCGCGGGUGGUGCUGGUGCGGAUGGGGAGGAGAAGAGGGCGAAGAGUGGGGGAAAGAAGGAGGAAGGGGAUGCGGAGGUGGGCGGCAGGGGCGGUGAUGACAUGCAAACGGAUGGUGAUGGGGAGGAGGAGGGGAAGGAUGGGGCGGGAAAGAAGGGGGAUGAGGGCGAGGAGGAAGCGGGGGAGAAGGGGGAAGGCGAGGUGGAGGGGGCGAAGAAGGGGGCGGAGGGGGAGGAGAAGGCGGGAGGGGGUGGCGAGGAGAAGGAGGAGUUUGAGAUCUUCAACCUGCGAGUCAUCCACCGCAAGAACAGAACGGGAUUUGAGGAGGAGAAGGACUUCCCAGUGGUGCUCAACUCAGUUAUAGCUGGCCGCUACUACGUCACGGAAUAUCUCGGUUCAGCGGCUUUCAGCAAGGCCAUCCAGGCGCACGACCUGCACACGGGCAUGGACGUGUGCAUGAAGAUCAUAAAGAACAACAAGGACUUCUUCGAUCAGAGCUUAGAUGAGAUCAAGCUGCUCAAGUUCAUCAACCGGCAUGACCCUGCGGACGAGCACCACCUGCUGCGCCUCUACGACUACUUCUACCACCGGGAGCAUCUGUUUAUAAUCUGUGAGCUGCUACGUGCCAAUCUCUACGAGUUCCACAAGUACAACCGCGAGUCGGGCGGCGAGGCCUACUUCAACAUGCCGCGCAUCCAGUCCAUAGCCAAGCAAAUCCUCGAAGCUCUGCGCUUCAUGCACUCGCUCGGCUUAAUCCACUGCGACUUAAAGCCCGAGAACAUCCUCAUUAAGAGCUACUCGCGGUGCCUCGUUAAAGUCAUCGACAUCGGCAGCAGCUGCUUCACCACGGACCACCUGUGCUCCUACGUGCAGUCGCGCUCAUACCGCGCGCCCGAAGUCAUUCUCGGGCUUCCAUACGGGCCCAAGAUCGAUAUCUGGUCGCUCGGCUGCAUCCUCGCUGAGCUUUGUUCCGGCCAGGUGUUGUUUCAGAACGACUCGCUGGCGACGCUGCUGGCUCGCGUGGUGGGCAUCAUAGGCCCCAUCGACCCGCGUCUGCUGCACAAGGCCCGCGACCGCCACAAGUACUUCACCAAACGCAACGUGCUCUACGAACGCAACCCAGAGACGGAGCAGCUGGAGUAUCUGGUGCCAAAGAAGACGUCGCUGCAGCACCGCUUGCAGGGGGGCGACGCGGGGUUUGUGCAGUUUGUGGCGUCGCUGCUGCAGGUGGACCCCGACAAACGCCCCUCUGCCGCCCAGGCCCUCAAACACCCCUGGCUCUCUCACCCCUAUGACCCCAUCACGUGA